AUGGAGCUCGCACAGAGUCUCAUGCGCUCCUGCAUGCGCUCUUUCUACGACACAAAACACGUUCUAGUCGUGGAUGCGCUGAUUACGCACUCUGCUCUGAGAGAUGAUGAUUUGGCAUAUCUCAUGGGCAUGAAUACAAAGGAGCUCCACAAGCUUUGUGGGCGUCUGAAGGAGGAUCGCUUUCUUGCUGUCCAUACUAGGCCGGAGCAAAAGGAAGGCCAGCAACGUCCGAUGAACCGAACGUACUACUAUAUUGAUUACCGCGCGACUAUUGAUGCGAUCAAGUGGCGAGUCUACCUUCUCAACAAGCAGGUUCAAGGCAACACGGUUCCCGAGGUAGAGCGGAAGGAGUACUUCUGCAAGAGAUGCAAAUCGGAGUGGACCCAAAUCGAGGUCCUUCACAAGUGGGAUAUAGCUGUUGGAUUUCGCUGCCAAAAGUGUGAUGGUGUUCUAGAUCAUGACCCGAAUAACAAUCGAGGUGGCCACGAACAAUCGACUAAGUAUCAUGCCCAAUUCCGAUUCAUUACAGACAUCCUACCUAAAAUCGACGAGAGCAUCAUCCCGGAAAAUACAUUCGAUCGCGCUUUGGCCUCGCAACUCAAAGUUGUCCGAGAUGAGACAAAUCCGGCGAACGAGACUGCGCCUGUCGACAUAUCCGCCCACAAGCCAUCCGCCGUUAAGGGACUGGCCAAUGCUGGUAACGCAUCAAUCUCGGUCACACUCACAACCUCGGACGGCCCAACAGCGGCGGAGAUUGCUGCCGAUAAAGCCAAAAAGGAGAAGACUGCAAUCCAGAAUGCUAUGCCCGUCCAUUUCACUCACAGCACCAUCACUGGCGAACAAGUCAAGUUCAACCAGCCUUCUAUGCUUUCCUCAUCUCUUGGCGACGACAAAAAGAACGUCGAUCUCGACACCCCAUCUGCCAUUGGUGAUGGCGCUGAAAUUGAUGAUUAUUUCGCACGCCUCAGAGCCGAGCAAGCUAAAGAGGCAGAGCGUGAGGCGGAGGAAGAAGAGGAUAGUGAUGAAGAAGAAGAGGAGGAAGAUUUCGAGGAUGUUCCAACUGGUUCGGACGCGGCCACUCCUUCCAGCUCGAACGCUGAAGCAAAGCCAACUUCGAACCCAUCAUCAAACGGACUUCCUUCCGCGUUGAAGAGGGGAGGAAGUGCUUCCGGAAGCGGAACCAGCACAGGUGCAACUACGCCCGUGACAGGUCCUGGCACACCGAACGAGGACGGUCGGCACGCGAAGAAGGUACGAAUUGAGGAACCUACGCCAAAGGUUGAGGAUGAGAGUGAGGAAGACAUGGAGUUUGAGGACGUCUAG